AUGGAGGACUACCUAGGGCGCACCUCGCCUCCCAUCCCAGUCAAGCCACUUCCUGGAAGCCACUCUCUCACACACAGGCACUCACGCUCCUCGACCUCACGCUUCUCAACGAGCUCGAGCAUCACCACCCUACCCGAGUACACAUAUACAACCUCCCCACCGUCUCGGGCGUAUGGUCGCUCCUCUGGGAGCAUGCAGGAGUGGCCUCCUCCCUCUGUUGGGUCAGGUGGAGGGGCAGACAUCGAGACCCUACCGGGAUAUCGUAGCCCCCCGGCAGAGGCAAGAGCAUUCCAUCGUCAUAGGUCGAGCGUGAGCAAGUACCCCUCCGAGCUGGCUUCUCGGUCCAACUUCUCCCCCGAAUCUCUCUUUUCGCCAGAGCGGGAGAGCGAACCAGACCCCUUCAGUAGUGCUUACACCUCCCCACACCCGCCGCGUAGACGGAUCAGCCACCGCCGACAUCCUUCAUCUACUUCCACCUGGAGAAGUGUGGGCAGUGCGGAUGAAGAGGUGGACGGUAGGUUGGAGCAGCUUGUGGAACGCAGCGUGAAGGCUCUGGAGAUGUCCAAUGCGCUCCUUUCCCAUUCUUUCCACGAUGGUCAAACGAUGGGGCAUCAUCCGCCAAAUGUAUCUUCGAGAAGACGAGAGAGGAUGGGAGGGUUUCGCAGUGCUAGCGGGAGGUGGACAGGCGAGCACAUAACAGAAGAAGCCGAGGAUGAGACUGCAGACGCAGAUGGAGAGACUAGCGCAUGGGACGAAAGUCUGAGUAGCGUCACGGUCCCCUCUGCAGCAGAGACAUACACUGGAAGCCUGCCAGAGGAAAAUUUUCUCGCUCAUGCGUACCGACCCAGUCUCCCGAGGAUGGCUUCUAGCGGAUCACUUAGUGGAAAAGACGCACCUUCUUUGGAUGGAUAUCAUUUCCCACGUCCUGCACGCCUAUCGAACGGGGUGCCUCAGCACUUCAUCUCUUCCUCACCAAACUCGACCCUGUCCCGCUCAGCAAGCAGAACCCCCACUCGACCUCCCCCCCUUACACUCUCCUCUUCUGGUCUCGAUAUAAGUGCACCACAAGUCUCUACCCCGUCAUUCCAACCCUCUACCCCUGCGUAUCGCCUUGUCAGCGAGAUCCUCUCCAGGGAGGCGCUUCAGCGUCGACCAGGGAGCCAGCCAUCCACUCCUCACUCGGCCAUGGUGGCGUUGCCAAUUCCGCCCUCCGCCUCCAAUCCCCUUGGCAGGUUUUCACGACCGAAGGAAAACAGGAGGGAUAGAAGAGACAGUUCUGCGGAUCCGCCAGCAGAGAGGAGGUCGCGAACUCUCACAGCAAGUAUAUCAGUACCUCAAGAUAUGGGUAAAUGGAUUCGCUCCCUGGAACCACGCAUGUUUUCUCGAUCGGACCGUCCACCACCGACAGAGACAGAGCCCCAGGCACAAGGCACAAAUGCGAUAGAGACCGAAGAGCUAGUAGUGUCUAGCCCAGCACGACCCAAGAUCAUCUCCCCAAAUCUUCCCCCCUCUCCUCCGCGUCCGUCCCUAACACUCUGCACAUCUCCCCCUUCAAAUGGCGAAGAACCUGUCCCUCUCUCGCGGAGCAUCAACCACCUCCGUGCUAUUCUUUCAGCUCAACCUGCGCCGGAGCCACUUGUAAUCGCUGCGCCUGUUCUAAGGCGACCACAGUUCAGGCCUGUGACACCUCAACUACCCUCAAUUGCAAUCACGCGACCACCACCAACUCCUCGUUCCUCUUCCACUCCCCCAGGAGAAACCCUUGAGACGGCCAACAUCACCCAUGGAGCCAGCGGUAGCGAAUUCCGAGCCAAUAGCUCAACCUCUCCCGUACCCAGUGCCAUUCGCAGAUUCAGAUCUGGCACAGAGAGACAUGGGAAACAUGUAUCUUUUUCGCCCACCCCGACGGAGAUCCCGUCGAGAGCGACGUCUCCACCACCCGAGGAUAUGACUGAGGUGGUCCAUACUCCCGUGCCAGUGAAAGCGAAUAAGACAGGAUGGUCCGUCGUCAGUUGGCUCUUGCCUUCUGCGCGAGCUGGUGCGGCGGCUGAGGUGUCGAAGAAAGACAAAGGGAAGGGAAGGGACAAGGUGCCGGAACCUAAACCCGAAGGUAAAUACAGGGAAAGACGGGGAGAAGACGAGCUCGCGGGGCUUUGGAAGGCCCGCAGUUGGAUGAGCGAGGGUAGGCAAGGGUGGGGGGAGAGAAUAAACGACGGGUGGCGGGUCUGAUUGAUAGGAUGCAUUUCGUUGUCCUGCGGCCUGGAGGGCGAGGAUCCAAGGAAUUAAAGGAAGAUACCCUAUAUCACGACAUAUACCUGUCUGAUGAUUCCCUUUGUCUGAUUGGUAGUAUAUUUUCUUACCG